CCCCCCCCCCCCCUUUGGGGCAAUUGUUCCGAAUUUUCUGCAACAAUCCCAUUCAAACACAAUUCUGCCGUGCUAAGGUGUCUUUCUCCACACCCCAGAACAAAGAAAGUGAGGUGAUCAUCGUCAUGUCUGAUCCCUGAUGAUGUCUCGAAUCAACCGUCACCCCUCCCUGCUUAUCGCGGCCGCGUUCCUCGCCGCAUGCCUGAUAUUUCUCCUCUCCUCAUCCCGCCGGACCGCCACUACUGAACCCCUGUCUCACAAUGAAUUGAACCAGCCGUCAUCGUCUCCCAAUGAUUACACGAACCCGUGCUACGUGGAUCUCGACCUCCUGCGGCAAUAUUCUCCCACGUCUUCCUCAAUUGAGUACGCGCGAUUAGAGAUCGCCGUGGACCAGUCCGACAAUUUCACCGGGUACACAGAUACCCUCGAUGCCAAGUUUCCCAAAUUCCGGACGGUGUCCCUGGAGGGUGAUGCGCAGCGGCAGGACCUCUCCGCCGAGCGAUGCGCGCCCGCCGUGACUAUUCAGGGCCCCCGGCCGCGUCCUCGUCCCGAUGCAUCGCACCUGGUCUUCGGCGUUGCGACCUCGAUGGAGCGCCUGCUUGAUUCUUUGGAUGCCUUUGCACAUUGGGCCGGUGGAACAAACGCGCGGAUUCUGGCCGUGGUGGACAGUGCCGGCGCCGCCAAGAAGGGGGCACUGGCACGGGCGGAGGCAUUGGGGAUCCGUUUGGUGAUCCGGGAGAAGGCAGUGGAAGAACGCUUGGAUCGGUGGUUCUAUCUGGUUCGGUACCUGUACGAACUGCGGGACGACAACACCCAAUGGACGGUCCUGAUCGAUGAUGACACCUUCUUCCCCUCGAUGGAGAGGCUGGUCGACCGACUGGCCACAUAUGACCCGACGCAGCCGCAUUACGUCGGGAGCAUGACGGAGGACCUGCAUCAGUUGUAUAGUGGGGGUUUGAUGGCAUACGGCGGUGCGGGGAUUUUCCUCUCGCUGCCUCUGGUUCAGCAGCUGCAGCCUUUCUUCGACGAGUGCUACGUCUUCAAGAGUGGCGGCGACCGAAUGCUCUCGCAGUGCAUCUACGCGCAUACGAACACGAAGCUUACCUGGGAGAAGGGCCUCUUUCAGGUGGAUCUCCGCGGCGAUGCGUCCGGGUUCUACGAGGCGGGUCGGGAACAACCGCUCUCGGUGCACCACUGGAAGUCCUGGUUCCAAGCGGACAUGGUGGCUCUGAGUAAGGUAGCCAGCAUCGCUGGCGACGAAGCGUUACUCCAUAGGUGGCUUCUACCGAGAGACUGGUACCUCGUGAACGGCUUUUCGGUGAUCCAGUAUGCUACAAUCUCGGAUGAUCCGCUGCCCAUGGAGCAGACAUGGGAUGACAGCAAAUAUACGGGGCCGGAUCCGUUUACGUUCAGCCUAGGACCGCUCCGGCGGAAGGAUGAGAACAAGAUCUCGUACCGCCUGCAGACUGCAGUGGCAGAGCGCGAGCGGGUGCGACAGAUUUACACGCGACAGGUAGAGCCGGAGAGGCUAGAAGUGUUGGAAGUAGUUUGGGUUGUUGCUUCAGCAGACAAUCCAUGAUUUUUACUUCUUAGAUUACA